AUGAUUUGUCUCUUUUGGAACUGCCGAGGUACGGGCUCCAAGUCUCUCCCGGGGCUCAUUAAAGAAAUUCGAAAGAGAUAUGCAAUUGACUUUCUAGCGUUAUUUGAGACUAAAUGCAGCGGGUCCCAAGCUCACUCUUGUUGCCAAAAACUUGGUUUUGAUAGCCACCAUGUUAUGGAUGCAAAUGGUCGCAGUGGAGGAAGUGAAGAGUUCUUCGUCACCUCUAUCUAUGCAAGCACGAACAAAAUCAAGAGAAGACAACUUUGGGACGAAUUGAAACAUCUUAAACCGAGGAAUGAUAUACCUUGGUUCUUGGGAGGUGACUUUAAUGCCACGUUAUUCCUAAAUGAACGCCGGUCUACUGCUACAAAUCCUACAUGUGUGGAUAAAGACUUCAUGAGGUGGUAUGAGGAUUUGGAACUAAACGACCUAGGGUGCAACGGCCCUCUUUACACUUGGAAAAGGGAGGGAUGUGAAAGUCAUCUAGAUCGAAUUGUUGCAAACAACCCCUUCAAGGAGACGUAUAUUGAUGCUUCAGUUAAGCACUUGCCAUGGUUCAACUCGGACCAUCGGCCAGUUCUCUUCACUACAUCUGUGUUUCAUUCUCACAAAAAAACAGGAGCGACCAUUCAGAUUUGUGGCGUCUUGGGUCCUUUAUGA